CCAAAACACAACACACAUAUCUCUCUCUCCCUAUUUGAUCUAGUCUACAUUUUCAUGAUGGGAUACCAAACAAACCCUAACUUCUCUAUGUUUUUUUCCUCUGAAAAUGACGACCAAAACCAAUACAGUUACGAUCAUUACAAUGAUCUCUCUUCAUCAACUUCUGUUGAUUGCACUCUCUCACUUGGAACACCCUCUACUCGUCUCGACGACCACCGUAGAUUCUCUAAUGCUGGUUCUAACAACAUCUCCGGAGACUUCUACUUUCACGGAGGAAAUGCUAAGACUACAUCGUACAAGAAGAGUGGUGGUGGUGAUCAUAGCUUACCUCGCCGUUGUGCUAGCUGCGACACCACUUCAACUCCUCUAUGGAGAAACGGACCAAAAGGCCCUAAGUCGUUAUGUAACGCUUGUGGAAUCCGAUUCAAGAAAGAGGAGAGGCGUGCGACGGCCAGAAACUUAACGAUCUCCGGUGGAGGUUCAUCGGCGGCAGAACUUCCGGUAGAGAAUCCAUACAACGGAGGUGGAAACUAUUACGGUCAUCAUCAUCAUCACUAUGCUACGUCGUCGCCGUCGUGGGCUCAUCAGAACACACAAAGAGUUCCUUAUUUCUCACAGGCACCAGAAAUGGAAUAUCCCUACGUGGAUGAUGCUACGGCUGCUUCGUUUAUGUCUUGGAAUUGACGUACGUGUCAAGUAAGCGAUGGCCUUCUCCACCAUUUUGACGAGAUGAAGAAGAAAGAAACGUUACUUAUCAUAGAUUGUAUCACACAAAGUAAAAUUCAGUCUUGGUCAAAUUCAUUAUUAUUUUAGUUUUUUUUUUUUUUAAUUCUUUUUAUUUCGACUCUUUUAGCUACUUGUGUUUUCUUUUUCACGACUUUUUUGAAAGCUAUAUAUAUAUAUAUGGUGUUAUCAUAUACAAAUACGUACUGUAGUAACCCU